AUGGUAGAUGAGAGACAUAGGGGUCUUAGGCCCUUCAGGUUUUUAAAUGCAUGGACAUUACACCCAAAUUUCCUACCUUUUGUAGAAAAGUGGUGGAUGGAGCAUAAUGUGGAGGGAUGGGCUGGUUUCAGACUAUUUAAGAAGAUGAAAGAGUUGAAAAUAGCACUUAAACAGUGGAAUAAUGAAGUAUUUGGUAAUGUAAAUACUAAACUGAAGCAAGCGGAGGAUGAGCUUCAUAUGAUUGAUCUGGUAGCAGAGGAAAGAGAGCUUGAAGAGGCAAAAAAAAAAAGUAGAAGAAGAGAGGCUAGAGUUGAGGUUGGAUAUUUAACAAGAAUGGUGGAAAGGUUGUGGUUCCAAAAAUCGAGGCUUAACUGGAAUUUUUAUGGUGAUAAAAACACAAGGUAUUUUCAUGUGUUAGUGAAAUAUAGGCAGGAGAGAAAUGAAAUAAACACUCUAACUGUUGGUGAUGUGGUGGUUGAUGAUCCAAGUAGAGUUAAGCUUGAGGCCCUAGCUUAUUUUCGGAAGCAGUACUCUAAGGAUUGGCAGCAUAGGCUUGCAUUGGUAGGUCAAUUUAAGUCAGUGAGGGAUAGUCCUUGUUUUGAUAUGUUGGAGGCAAAGUUUACUGAGGUAGAGGUAUGGGCUGCUGUCAAGGGUUGUGAUGGGAAUAGGGCUCCAGGUCCAGAUCGUUUUAACUUGGCUUGUAUUCAAAAACUGUGGAAGGUAAUGAAGUCUGAUGUGCUGAAUUUUGUGUUCGAUUUCCAUAAGAAUUGUGAGCCAUUAACCAACACAGAAACCCUGGCUGUAGAAAUGUAA